AUGAUGAAUGCAUUUAGGAGCAUGAGGCCAAUUGCCUCCUGUUUCAAAACACCAACAUCAGCUCUCCCCUGCAUCACUCGUAGCUCGUCGGCGUGGUCAGUGAAAUCCUAUGAGUUCAUCCAAACCACUGAGCCACGGCCAGGUGUCGGCCAAAUCACCCUUAACCGUCCAAAGGCCCUCAACGCCCUCUCCACCCCCCUAAUAAUCGAACUCAACAGUGCCCUCCAAGCUUUCGAUGCUUCACCCUCUGUUUCCGUCGUUGUCCUCACAGGCUCUGACCGUGCCUUUGCCGCCGGGGCGGAUAUCAAGGAGAUGGCCAAUCUGUCGUUCUCCGAGGCAUACACUACAUCCUUUAUCGAAUCCUGGUCGUACCUCACGACCAACAUCAAGAAGCCCAUAAUUGGUGCCGUGUCUGGACAUGCUCUGGGUGGCGGCUGCGAAUUGGCACUUAUGUGCGAUGUUCUUUAUUGUACGGAGAGUGCGAACUUUGGCCAGCCUGAAAUUAAACUGGGGACAAUUCCGGGAGCGGGUGGAAGCCAACGACUCACAAGAGCCAUUGGGAAAUCCAGAGCUAUGGAGCUGAUUUUGACCGGAAAGGGCUUUAGUGGGAAGGAGGCCGGGGAAUGGGGCGUUGCGGCCAGGACGUUUAAGGAUUACGACGAGUUGAUGGAAGCUGCCUUGAAGACAGCGGAGACGAUUGCAGGGCAUAGUAAGGUGGCGAUCAGGGCUGCAAAGGAGGUCGUAAAUAAAAGCCAGGACCUACCAUUGCGAGACGGUGUCGAGUAUGAGAGGAGGGUGUUCCACAGCUUGUUUGGGAGCGAGGAUCAGAAGGUAGGCAUGAAGGCCUUUGCAGAAAAGAAAAAGCCAGAGUGGACACAUCAAUAG